AAAAACAAAAACAAGGAAAGUGCAUAAAAACAACUUACAACUUAUUUUUUCAUUACAAUUGAAAUUGGUGCGAAUAGAAAGCGAAACAAAUCUUUUCUAAUAUUAUAAAAAGAGAAGAAAAAUAAGUGUUGAGCCUGCAAACUGCGUAAAAUGCGUCAUAUCAAGUGAAUAAUAAAUGUAAUUUUGCUACGUUAUUUUGAAACGAAAGUCAAUUAUGAAGACGCUGCAAAACUUUUUAAUUUUCUUGACGGUUUUAGUAUGCAGCCUUGCUGUGACCAACACAAGUCCAUUAAGCGCUCUUCAUGACAUACCUGUCUCGGGUGUCGCCUUGGCCAACGUAUCGGAUGAGUCAAGCAGCUCCGUUGAGCAACCUUUGAAGCGUCCCAGCGCUGCGGAUUUCUCGGAUGAAGAUGAUGACGACGAGGAGGAUUACCCGCUGUAUACGAAUCUCGUGAGCAGAGAUCCACAAAGCUGGGAAGUCCUUGUCUUUACGCAGCAAUGGCCAGUGACUACGUGCUAUCAUUGGAGGGAGGAGGAUCCAUCGCAUGAGUGCACAUUGCCGCAGAAGAAGGAAUUCUGGACCAUUCACGGCAUCUGGCCCACCAAACUGGGUCGAAUUGGACCGAACUUUUGCAACAAGUCCGCCGAAUUCGAUCCGGAUCAAUUGGACACGAUUGUGGAUAACUUGAAUACUUACUGGAUGGACCUGGAAGGGGAAACGUCCCAGGAUUAUCUAUGGAAGCACGAAUGGCUCAAGCAUGGCACCUGCGCUGCUGUCCUCGAGGCCCUCGACAACGAGCUGAAAUACUUCGGGCAAGGCUUGAUUUGGCGCGAGAAGUAUGUAAUAUCCAAUAUACUGGACGCCUCUGGCAUACAUCCCGAUUCGAACAACACGGUGAUUGCGUUGAAUAAUGCUCUGGUGCGAGGCCUGGGCAAGAAUCCAUCCAUCCACUGCAUAUACAAUGGCAAGCACGACAUUAGCUAUCUGUCAGAGAUACGUAUAUGCUUCGACAAAUCGCUGGAGCUGAUCGAUUGCGACGGCACAAAACUGGGCGUGAUGGCCAUUAGAUAUCCGGGUGGCAUCGUGAACACCAAUUGCCACAUUAGCGAUCCUGUACACUAUCCUAGCCUGGUGCCACCACUGCAACGUAAGAGCGAAUGGAAAUUCCCCUUGGUUAACGUCUACAAGUUGUUGCAGUUCCUCAUGUGGUUUACACUGUGAAGAAAUCCCUAUCCGUCUCCCUCUCUCUGUUCGAGUAUUUAGUUUGUUUACAUCAUUUGUUAUAAUCCACACAUGAGAGAUCGUAUUACACUAUUUUUUUUUAUAUAACUGUAUUGAAAGCAAAAAUCAACCUGGACGUGAGGCUAAAGUUUGAAUAAUCGUGCAAGCCAUAUCAGAAUAAUGCGUAUAAACGACGAUAAGCUACUUGAUUGUGUACGCCAUAUCAAAUUUCUUAAUAUAUAUAUAUCAGGACUUGAGGCUAAAUUGUAAAAUGAUGACUAAUCAUGUAGAUCAUAUCACGAUAUCAACUCAAGCUGCACGAUAUUGUAAACCAUGUAAAACCCAUAUAUAUCAGGACUUGAGGGAAAUUUGUAUUAAAAGAUGAGUGAUCGUGUAAACCACAUCUGGAUACUAUAAAUAUAGGCGUGAUUGUGUAAACCAUAUUACAAUUAUAUAAUAUAUAUAUCACUAUAUCUCUCUAUAUCAAAAGGCGUUUAUGCGUAUGCAACUAUUUGUGAUUCUAAAUAUCAAAAUAUAAAUAGAAAAUACAUGAACCAUUUUUAUUAAUAUGUUUAUAGCACUCACAACAAUCACAUUUA